AUGGAGCCGCGGAACUUCACAGUUUUGACGGAGUUCAUCCUCCUGGGCUUCUCCCAUUCCAUGGAAGUGCAGAUUACAUUUUUUGUCCUGUUCUUAUUGGCUUAUACGGUACUUUUGCUGGGGAACCUCCUCAUCAUAUUUAUGGUAAAAACUGACUCAUGUCUGGCUUCACUGAUGAACUUUCUCCUCUGCAACUUGUCCUUCAUUGAUAUCUGUUACUCUUCCAUCACCACUCCUAGGAUGCUGGCUGACUUGUUCUCCCAGAAAAAAACAAUUUCUUAUCAUAAUUGCAUGGCCCAGCUAUUCCUUGUGCAUUUUGUGGGGGCAACAGAGAUGUUUCUACUGAUAGUGAUGGCCUAUGACCACUAUAUUGCCAUUUGCAAGCCCCUGCACUAUAUAACCAUCAUGAAUAGGUAUGUGUGCUAUGCACUUAUAGCUGCCUGUUGGGUGGGAGGCUUUACCCAUUCCAUUGUCCAGACUGGGAUCACCAUGCAAAUACCAUUUUGUGGUCCUAAUAUAAUUGACAACUACUUCUGUGAUGUGGCCCCUGUCAUCAAACUCUCCUGCACUGAUACCUAUGUCAUUGAGUUGCUCAUGGUCUCCAACAGUGGCCUGAUCUGCUUGGUAUGCUUUCUCAUGCUGCUCAUAUCCUACAUCAUCAUUCUAGUCACGGUCAGGUUCCACUUCACUGAGGGAAAAUGGAAAGCCCUCUCUACAUGUGCUUCCCAUGUGAUGGUUGUCACCUUGUUCUUUGGGCCCUGCAUUUUCAUUUAUCUCCAUCCCUUCUCCAAUUCUUCAGCUGACAAGGUUAUUUCUCUCAUCAACACCAUCCUCACCCCUAUGUUGAAUCCUCUGAUCUACACCCUUAGAAACAAGGAUGUGAAAGAUUCCAUGAUGAAAUUAUGGAGCCGGUGUAUAUUCUUCACAGAAAAAUAA